AUGAAACCUCAUGUCCGCUACCAGUACAGUAGUGAAAAUGAUGAUGUACGCCCAGGCUACUACGGCGAUGGAGGACGAAGGGGACCACCCCGUCGUCCAGCUUCCACAGAAGAAGUCCUUCGUCUCCCAUGGACCAUGUGGAUGAACUCUAGCGCAAAGAACCACUUCGUAGCCUUCGUCGGUGAAUUCGUUGGUACAACCAUGUUCCUCUUCUUCGCCUUCUCGGGGACUCAGGUCGCUAACAUCGGGUCCGGCGACUCAUCGAAUAACACCACUACAGGCGCCGACACAGGUUUCUCGCCUACCGUGCUGCAAUACAUCGCCCUUGUCUUUGGAUUCUCGCUGAUGGUGAACGUUUGGAUCUUCUUCCGCAUCAGUGGCGGCCUAUUUAAUCCCGCUGUCACGUUUGCGAUGUUGCUUACGCGUACACUAACCCCGGUGCGGUUUUCACUUCUGCUGGUUGCGCAGUUGGCAGGGAGUAUUUUUAGUAGUUACUUGGUGAGUGUGCUGUUUCCGACGCCGUUGAAUGUGAGGACCACUUUAAGUGCAAAUACGAGCCUCGCGAGGGGCGUGUUUAUUGAGGCGGUUUUGACGGCGGAGUUGGUGUUUACUAUUUUUAUGCUUGCGAAAGAAAAGCAUAAAGCAACCUUCAUUGCUCCUGUCGGAAUUGGCCUCGCACUCUUCAUCGCUGAACUUGUCGGCGUGUUCUACACAGGCGGAAGUCUGAAUCCCGCACGCAGUUUCGGACCUUGUGUCGUUACAGGCAUUUUUGAUCACGAGCACUGGAUAUACUGGCUUGGUCCCGCUAUCGGCGCGAUCCUCGCCGUCGCCUUCUACAAAUUCAUCAAGAUCUUGGAAUACGAGAUGGCUAAUCCAGGCCAAGAUGACGAUGCCCACGACCGUCAUCAGAAAGAGAUGAGCCAUGAGCCAUGA